GGGAACCUGACUGGCAACGAAUUUCCAGCAUAUCUUCGCCUUCUAUCAGCCGACUAGGAUUGCGCCAGUUCGGUGGCCAAGACUAUGUAAGGAAUUAAUUACGAGCCGAGUCUUGCUUUCGAUUAUUUCGAGGAAUCGCUUGUUUCCUCACCCAUUCGCCGCAAUGGGCAAUCGUAUUACGCAAGUCGCGGCAAUGAAACGUAUAGUUUCGCGGUAACUAAUGGAUACGUGGGUGUAAUCUUUUCGUUCUCUUGUCAACAUAGAAAUCGUUUUCGAAAUUCUUCGCCAAUGUCGUGUAUAAAACGUGUAUGCUCGCGCGGAGAUCCUCUAGUGGAGUCUUUGAAUAUUUCUCCUUAGUGGACAUUUUUUAGAGGCAUUCGCUAUGAAAUACUGUCUGUUGUUGUGUCUUGCGAUGAUUGUCGUUUGCCAAGCAAGGAGAAUACCAAGAAUACCUCAACAUCCGUAUUUUCCUAAUUUCCAACACGUUUAUCAGCCGCGCAAUUAUCCAAACGAGCUGGUGGACCAGCAUAUCGGCGCGCCUUUCUUCGGCAAUUACAGAACGCAAGAAGAGAACACGGGCAGACAAGGAGGGAACACGGGGAGAGAAGAAGGGGUGGGACAGGAUUAUUACGAUCAUCGAAUUCCGAUCGACAGCCAGGCGAAUUUCGUUCAUCCAUUCGCGGGAGUCCCGUUCGACGAUAUCCCUGUGAACAAUCCUGCGGACUUCAGAGGCCGAGACGUGAACGCACCCCAUCAAUACGAACGAUUCAACCAUGCCCUCAAUUAUAAUCACCCUCAAUUGUAACGAUGAGUGAUGAAUCCUGUCUUUAAUUUUAUGAAUUUUAAACGAAUACAGAAUUGAAUCGCAAUCGACUGAUCAUAGUAGGGCUAGCAAUCUCUCUUUAUUUCUCCUCUUUUCUUUACUCCUUUAUAAUUCAAUAUAUAUAUAAUAUAUAUUGAACGUUAUAUCGUUAUAAUAUAAGUUAAUAUAAUAAUUUGUGUAAAUAACGUUAUUAAGAAAGAAAACAACGACGUGAUAAUGAUUAACGCUAGCCUCCCCUUCCUGUUUAAAUCUCAUUUACACUUUGUAUUUACAAUGCUUUGUUUUGGCUCGCGGUAUUUUUUUCCUUUUUUUUUUUUCUUUUUUCCUCUUUUUUUUACGACUUUGGACCAUUCGGUGCGAGGGUACCAUUUCGAGGCGGGAGAAAAAAGAACGAAUCCUCGAAACGAGUACCUUCUCGAUCUGUAGAUCGUGGAACGAUUUCUAAGGCUCUAAUAACGACCGGUAUUUGCGCUAUAAUUGGCUUCCCAUAAUUCACUCUGUCCGGCCGUAAAAAAAAAAAAAAA